AUGUCUGUGAGACGUGUGAGAGGAGGAAGAGGAGGAAGAGGAGGAGGAAGCACUGCAGCAGACAUGCCGGGCCUGCUCUUCAUCACACUGACCGUUCUUCUUUCCGGCCGCGAUGCCUUCAGGUUGGGUUCGUCCCGGCAGGUCGGCCCCCUCGGUCCUCUGGUGGACCGGCUCUUCCAGGACGAAGGCCUCGCCCGGCCUCACUUCAUCCAGGAAAUAGUCAGAACCAAACGCCACUCAGUCCAGGAGUUAGUGCGAGCCCAGCCUCAUUUGGCUCACGAUGUGGGCCGACCAGAGGUCCACGAAACAUCCCGUUCCCGGGCCGAGAUGGACUCCGAUGACUCCACCCAGCUCAAGCCGGCACCGCCCGCUGGCCAGGAAGAAGUAGCCAGUACCCACCCCGCUGUGGAAGAAAACCUCGGUGUGGAGGACGAGAUGGAGCGCAUGGUUCAUCUGGUGGAUCCAGGAAGCUACAGGGGACCUCCGGACUCCACCGACCCAGAGAGAGAGCUCCUCGCUGGGCCGGGAGACGUCUCCACGGAGGCCUCGGGCUUCUAUGGAACGGACAUGGAGGACAGAGACAGAGGGGAGGAGGGAGGAGAGGACAGAGAGAGGAGAGGGGGAGAGGACGAGGAGAGAGACAUGGAGGAGGACAAGGAGAGGAGAGGGGGAGAGGUGGAGGAGAGGAAAGGGGGAGAGGACGAGGAGAGGAGAAGGGGGAGAGGUGGAGGAGAAGAGAGGGGAACAGACGAUGACACCCACACAAGCCCAGGUCUGGAUGCUCUGAUUGGCUACAGUCCGUCUCUCCGACCCUCCAGCUCCAACCAGACCAGCCUCUCCCCCCCAGCUGAGGGGCCGGAUUCUGGGCUACAGGAGCAUCGUGCUUCCCCGGUCAUGGAGGCGGUCCUGCAGAGGGAGAUCUGUGGGAGGGGGAGGGGGGAGGGGGAAGGAGGACGGCCCCCUCCAGUGGCUCCUCCCUCACCACGCCUCCUGCUGGAGGAGGCGGAGACGCAGCAGGAAACCGCCUCCCCCGAGACCCGGACACGGGGAAAACCGACUUCGGGCUCCUGGGGAGUUUCACCAAAGGAGCUGCAGAGUGAGAAGAGGAGGGCUCUGGCAAACAGAGGCGCAUUUAACCCAAGAAUACCCACUGUAGCAGAGGGGGGGCUGGAGCCCAGCAGGGAGCCCCUUCAGCCCAGUGUGGAGGAAGAGGAGGAGCUACAGGAGAAGAGGAGGAGCUUCAGAGGAAGAGGGGAGCUGCAGGAGGAAGAACACAGGUUCAAAGGGGUCCGACCGCAUGACACCGAGGAGGUGGAGGAAGAGGAGGAGCUUCAGGAGGAAGAGGAGGGAACAAGAUUGAGUCACAUGGUCCCGCUCACCACGGACCCCCCCCCCACCAACCGGUCCUGGGAUUGGCUGGAUAAGACCACGCCCCUGCAGACCCCGAGGUCAGAGGUCAGGGGAGGAGGAGUCACGGAGGAGGCGCUGCAGGUACGCGAGGAGGUCUCCGUCUGCAGGCCGACGUUUAUGAAGGAAUUCGUGUUCACGGUGUAAACUGCUCUCCAGGUGGUGUGUGUCGACUGGAGCAAGCUGUCUGGGAGAGGAUACGUGGUCCUCAACACCACGGAGAACCUCAGCUGUGAGGAGUUUCGUGUGGAUCAGGGCGUGCGGCUCUUGAAGGUCAUCGAGCGAGUGUUUGCUCGGAGGAUGAACAGCCCUGAAGGAUCAUGGGAAGUCUACCUCAGCAAGCCGACACACCAGCAGCAACAGCUGCUGAUGACCGUGGUGUCUGAGCACGGAGUCAUCGCCACCUCGGAGGUGCUGAGCAUGCUGGGAGAGAUCCGGAAAAUGCUGAGUGAGGUUGGUUGUCUCCAGAACUACGGCCCCCCCAGCAGCUGCCCGUUUCGUCCCAGUCCGACACGCAGCGACCUACGGGAAGCUGUUUUGGUUCUGGUGAUCAUCGGCUCCGUCUGCAUGGUCAUCAUCACCUCUGGGUUCAUCUACAUCUGCUGGCAGAGACGGCCGCCGGCCACCAAGACCACGGUGGUUCACGCUGAGGAACUUCGCUUUGUGGAGAACAGUUGCCACGACAACCCACGCUGGACGUGGACCAAUGACAACCAGCCCGAGAUGCGAGAGAAGAAGCCGAGCACCAAUGGGCUUGGCGGGGGGCGGGGAGGAGGGCAUCGCUGGCAGGUGUUCGUCAAUCAAGCAGCAACGGAGGAGGAAGAGGAGGAGGAGGAGGAGCAGGACACACAUCUCUGAUGCACGAAGAGGAAGAGGAGAAGGUCUUUGAUAGACUGAUGAGAGGUGGAGCCUAGAGGGUGGUGGUAGAGGAAACAGAGGAGUCAUGAGGCUCAGAGGAGGUCCCCAGGUGAACCUGUAGGAGACUCGUGAAGCUGCAUGAUGUGAGAGCGCCUCACGCUUCGCUCCGUUUCCUCCUCAGAUGUCUGAAGCUACAGCAGAAGGUCUGGGAGUCACGGCCUCAAAGAGGCAGCUUCGCUUUACGGCACUUUAAGUCCGUUGACUAAACGGCUCCAACGGGGGAAAGAAGAGCAGACC